GCACGAGGUCCACGGAGGCAGUCCCAGCUCAAGGGACUUUUCUCAAAAGAAUUACCAAAGCUCAUGUACGGGUUCGGCGAUGACAAGCAGGUCGCAAAUGACUCCGUGGCCGUCAUGGAAGAAAUCCUUAUUGAAUACAUCGUUGACGUGUGUCAGACUGCGCUCGCACCUACACGAAGAAGCCGUCUACACAUAGAGGAUUUACGACGUGCGCUGUCACGAUCUGGUGACGCGAAGAAGCUUGCCCGUAUGGAAGAACUUCUCUUCAUGCAAGAAGACAUCAAGCGAGCGAGA